GACGGGUCCGGCGUGGAGAGCCUGCCGCUGUUCCGGAACUUCCAGGUGCACGGUUAUCUCAAGGGGAGGGAGAUGAUGCAGUGGAAGUGCGAGAAGAUCUGCGACUACUUACCGGAGUGUGUGUUGUACAGCUACCUGGGUCAUCGGCCGGACGAUGAUCCAGAGCAGAAUGAUGAUACAGGGGCCGACGAGAG